AAAGUAACUUUUCGACUGGGAUUAUUUGCAGCGCAUCCGGGCUGCAAAGCCGAUCAGUGGCAGUGCGAUAAGUAUGAAUGGCGCUCAACAUCGUGCAUUCCGGAAUAUCAGCGCUGCGACAAUAUCACCGACUGUGCUGACGGUUCCGAUGAAGUGGACUGUCCAGCGCAAAGUGUUUCAUGUAAUGUGAACGACGGAUCAGUAUUCCAGUGUGCUGAUGGCCGGCAGUGCUUUGAUAUUUCUAAGCAGUGUGAUGGAAAAUACGACUGUCGCGAUCUGAGUGACGAAAAGCGAAAUCAAAGCAGCGAUGACGCAACAUGCUUGCCGUUGUGGUCGUGCUUUUUUGCAUGA